GGUACACGUCACUGCUUGUGCAGGGGAGUAUAGGCUGUGUUGUCAGCCUAGUGUCAGUCUGAUGAAGAUUGGCAUUCAGACUUUGUGUGGAGGACCGGACACUAAGGCGUGGAAGAGCAGACAACGACAACAUUGACUACUGCUUUGUUGCAGAGGGCAAACUAACUGUCUCCAUGUGAAGCUGUCCCAUGAUGCAACAUGUGUCCCCAGCACCAGCACUGACAAUGAUGGCCACUCAGAGCGUUCCUCCACCAUCGUACCAGGAGAGCCAACAGAUGACAGGCACCAUCCAACAGAACUCCAAGGCCCAGCAGGUCCACAUCACAGCAUCCUCGGCAGCUGGGAACACCCCCGUCAGUGUGACCCUUGACCCCCAGGCCCAGCUGGAGUCAGACAAGCGGGCCGUGUACAGACACCCUCUAUUCCCACUGCUGGCCCUGCUGUUUGAGAAGUGUGAGCAGGCCACCCAGGGCUCCGAGUGCAUCACCUCUGCUAGCUUCGAUGUGGACAUUGAAAACUUUGUCCACCAGCAGGAGCAGGACCACAAGCCGUUCUUCAGCGAGGACCCUGAGCUGGACAACCUGAUGGUGAAGGCCAUCCAGGUGCUGAGGAUCCACCUGCUGGAACUGGAGAAGGUUAAUGAGCUCUGUAAGGACUUUUGCAACCGCUACAUUACCUGCCUCAAGACCAAGAUGCACAGCGACAACCUGCUCCGCAAUGACCUGGGCGGGCCCUACUCGCCCUCGCACACCUCACUUAGCCUGCAGCAGGACCUCCUCCAGACGUCCUCUCCGUCCAUGACAUCAGUCUCCAGCUCUGUCAACUCCUCGGGAAUCAUGGUGCCCACCGGGACCCUGCAACAGGGCAACAUUGCCAUGACUACCAUCAACUCCCACAUGGUGUCAGGUGGAACCUUGUAUCAGCCGGUUGCCAUGGUGACAUCGCAAGGGCAGGUGUUAACCCAGGGACUCUCCCAGGGGACCAUCCAGAUCCAGAAUUCACAGGUAAACCUGGACUUGGCUUCACUCUUGGACAGUGAUGACAAGAAGCACAAAAACAAGAGAGGGGUCCUGCCCAAGCACGCCACCAACAUCAUGCGCUCCUGGCUCUUCCAGCACCUCAUGCAUCCCUACCCAACAGAGGACGAGAAAAGACAGAUUGCAGGACAAACCAAUCUCACCUUAUUACAGGUCAACAACUGGUUUAUCAAUGCUCGCAGGCGCAUCCUCCAGCCCAUGCUGGAUGCCAGUAACCCAGACCCAGCUCCCAAGGCUAAGAAGAUGAAGUCCCAACACCGUCCAACCCAGCGCUUCUGGCCAGACUCCAUUGUGGCUGGAGUCUUGCAGACACAUGGACCUCACUCUAAUAACGCCGACAACCCCCUAGGCUUUGACAGCCUCCAGCCCCUGUCCUCUGUCUCAGCCACACUGUCCAUGCAGCAAGCCAUGCUCGGGGGAACCGAUGACUCCAUGGAUGGCACAGAGGAAGAGGAAGAGGAGGAAGAAGAGGAAGGGAUGGAAGAGGAGGAGGAAGAGGAGGAUGAGGAUGAGGAAGAGAUCGAGGGAGGAAGGAGAGAUCUGGGCAUGGAACAUAGAGAGGGACUCGAGUAAUGAGAGAUGUUAGAGGACUACCUUUUGACCUUUUGACACCUGGGUUGUGUUCAUUACUCACCAAAUGGAAGAACAUUUUGACAGAUUUCUCCAAUAAGAAACAGUCAUUUUCAAUUUCUGUUGCCCUAAUGCACACAACCCAGCCCAUACACAAAAGAAAAUGCUGGGUUGUUUGCAUGACCCAACCUCUGGGUUGCAGGCAUUGGGUCACAUAGUUUGGUUGUUUUCUUUGAAAAAAACAAGAUUGGGUUGUUGAUGCUGGGUUAUUAAGAUAUGACCCAGCGGGUCAGAUCAGAAGACUGGAGGCGUAGCCUUCAUAUAGUUAUUUUUGGGCACCCGUGAGAGUAAAUGUCAUUCUGGUUCAUCUGUUCUGUUAUCACAUGUUAAGGUUGAACACGGACAGUUUUGUAGCUUUAAUGAGGCUUACAAAAGUGCAUGAGUUCCUUGAGCUUAUGCAAAUUCCAAUGGUAAGAUAGUUACCACUUUGUUACAAUAUGUAAAUAACAUUUUAGAAUAUGUCAUUUGCAAAAAUAGUCAAGUAAAAUAGACAUGUACAAUGUACAAACAUAACAUGAUGAACAGGUAAUAAAGUUACUCUCAUAGGUGGCCAAAAAUAACUAUCUGAAAGCCACGCCCCUAAUAAGCCCCACCUCCAGAAAAAAGACUCAGCUACUGGGUCAACCCAGCAUGAAAGUGAAUAAAAUCCAAAUUUAUGGUAAAAUUAACCCAUGUUAGGGUAAUCCCAACAACCAAACAUGCUGGGUUACCAAAUAACCCAAAUUGGGUUGUUUUUAACCCAGCAUUAUUUAGAGUGUACUCUCCCGCUACAACCCACACCUUCAUUCAAACUCACCCCUUGACCAGCCCCUAGAUUCAGCCAUAGACACACCUCGAAUGGGCUUUUUGUUUUUUCUACCAUGGAUGUCUGUCUAGAAACUACAGAUCCGUCCCAUCAGAACUCUUAAGACUGAAGAGCCUAUAUGAGGUUGAAGGUGUCCUAAAAUGGACACCAUACUAUGUGGACUAGUGGGUCACCCCAAUCCUCUUAUGUUUUAUUACAGACAAAAUUGAUGACAAUGACAAUGAAGAAAACUAUGAGUUGCUGUAUGUGAGUUGAUUGUGAGCUGUACUGUAGGUCUAUACCUGGCCAUCACGUUGGGUUCCAUGCUUUGGUAUCAUCGAUGCCUUAGUCCGUUUAAAUGACUCUUUGGUUCUCAGGUUGACUCCAUUGACUCCAUAAGCACGACGUGGUCAUACUGUUUUCCACACAAGUUUUCAUGACAUUGAUGAUGAGCGAUUAUUUGCUGCAACAAAAUUGAUGUUUUCAGGUAUGAUAAAAAAAGUCUGAGGCUGCGGAUCCGUAGGUAACCGCCCCCUUCUCGCCCCUGCCCCGCCCUGUCCCGCCCCGCUGGAUCCCCAGGAAAGAUCUGUACCAUGUUCUGCGCAUGUUUUUCUUUACCUACAGUAUAAUUUACGCACACAUUUUUGUGGUUAUCCUCCCUUGAUAUUUCUUACUGUCAGUCAUGAAUGAUAAUCUUUCAAGUUCUACCGGUGAACGUCCAUGCAGCAUCUGCAUGCCAAUCAUUUGAUCUCAAUCAGUUUCAUGGGAAUAUGCAUUUAGAUCUUCUUAGUUAUGUACAGUGUUGUUUUGAAUUAUGUACAGUGAGUGAAUUUUAGAACAGAUGGAGUUAACAAACUGUAGCAUAUCUGUGUUUUGUUUCAAAUAAAGCACAUAUUUUGCCUA